ACACAACAACAACAACAUCUUCCUCUCACCCUCACCCUCACCGGCGACACGGCCACUCUCCCCACAGCGCUACUCUCAUCGCCUUCAGCGCCCGUUGGACCGACAUCAUCUUGUGAUCCAUACGGGAGCCAGCAGCAACCAGCAUCUCCGGACACGCACACCUCGUGCCUAGCGCAGCCAUGGCCGAGUCACUGGCAUUUCGGGAAUGGGCGAAGCAGGAAGACCUCAUCUACACCGUUCCAAUUGGCCAGUUUGAGAACUCGACUAUCGGGUAUGAUGCAGAAGACUUUGUCAAUAUUCUCCUCUCCGCAGAAGGACGAGAACCGCUCCUGCCCGCGCUUGGCGGGCUGCCCUUCACACUCAGAACUAACAUCGAUCGUGAGCUUGAGAAUGUCGAGAAACUCACGGGAAACAAGCCACUGUUCAUGUUCAACGGCAUCGACCUUGCGUUUCAUGAUCGCAAGACCAUCAGCAAAGAGAGCGACAAGGCUGUCAGAAUCCUAGACGAGGCUUGGCGAGUAUAUGAAAAUGGGGAUGGGGAUGCCGCGGUGAGAGCGUUUGAGAAAGCAUGCACAUACCGAACGACGCACAUACUGCGAUACCUGUAUCACUAUCUGCAUGAAAAGGGUGCUCACGUCAUGGUUGCACCCUACAACGCCGCAGCGCAACUUGUCUACACUGACAACCACAAGGGCAUUUCAGCUUGCCACGGCUCGGCAUCGUUGCUUGCCUUUGGUGUCGACAAGAUGAUCCUUUACUUUGACUGGGAGAACCAAGAGGCCAAGUACAUUGAUCGCGAGCAUGCCUUGCAGCGGCUCAUGAUGACUCAAGAGCAACUCACAGACCUCCUACUUCUUUCAGGCUCAAUCAUCAUGCCUCCGGUACCCGAGAUUGUGAGGGAAGGUCAAGUCCCGAGCAUUGCAGCAGCAAGACAAGUCCUCGGCCAAGCAGGUAUGGACGGUAUUCAGGCGGUGAAACAAACCAAAGACAAGGAGUACUUCGCCUUGUUCAUAAAAGCUAAGAUUGCAGUCAGACACAUGGUUAUAUGCACAGCCAGUGGAGACUACACCCAGCUCGAUCUUGAGCAUGCUCCGAGCGAUCUCGCCAUGAUAAUUGGCACCAGAUACCCAAUCGAGCUGUACCACUAUCUACAGAGAGGAAUGAUCGGCCCUCGCAUACUAGAUUGGCGUGCUCGCAAGGAAAUCUUCAUAUCGGCGCCACUUGAUGGCGGGAGUUCGGCAACAUACAAAGAGCUUGUGCAGAAGAAGCUGCAACCUCUCCAUCUACGGACCCUUACCCUCCUGAGUUCGAGGCUGCAACGUUAUUACCAUAACACAAACAUUGACCUGUUCUGCUGGUUUGAUGAGAAACCAAUCUCGUUGAAUAUCAAGGCUCAAUCGCAGAUUGAAUCGUCAGGCAAGGACGCGGAGACUUGGCAUGUGCGGGACCAGCUACGUACCCAAUCGAAUGCGGCACGAGAUAUCGAUCUCAACGAAACGCCAAUACAAUACGCCAUUACGUGGUUGUCAGAUAACGCCUUGGCGAAGAAAAGCCACACGAAGAGAGGAAAAGAGGAUCACUCGAUGCUCUCCACUCCUGCCGAGCUGUUAUCGAACAUUACGUGGCGGUUCUUGCAUGACCGGGGGUAUAUUAACACAUCUGAUCACACGUUGACAGCGUGGGGAAAGGCCCUCAUGGCUGCAUUUGAUCAGGCUAAGGCCGAAGGAUACCUCGGAUCCACAGAUCCGACCCGUGAAGCAGAAGAGGCCAUCUUCGUGGCGUUUGAACUUCUACGACUCGAUCUGCUCAACGGCAAAGACUUAUUUCCUGGGGUAUCUGGAGGCGCGUCUCGUGGGACUGAUCAGGACAAAGCCAACGUUCAACUCAUCUCGCGUGUCUCCACUCUCGGGAACUUCAAGCACCAGAGCAUUGGCUAUACCGGGCCCCUCUCGCGCAAUACGCUCGCAUACCAUCAAGUUGCAGCUGCAGUGCGCAAUGCUCUGCGAGACCUGGUGGAAGUUCAUGCUGUUAAUCUAAUGCUCGCCGGCAGUGCCGUACGUAUCCGUAACAACGAAGAAUAUAUCGAAGUCGGUGGUCGCCUGCCAUUCCUCAAAGAACCCGACCUUGGCCUCGCCCUGGUAGUUAAGAGCUAUCUUGAUGAGUUGUGCCAACCACCAGAGCGGCGAGCAGAUGUCAAGAAGUGGUUUAGCCACGCAGAAGAUAUCGACGGAGACAUAGGAAGGGCAUGGAAACUUUGGAGUGCGAUCAAUGCUGGGAUUCAAGCUGCCGAUGGAGCUAUAGUAAGCCAGGAAGUCCGCGAUAGCUUUGAAAACGCCAAUACCUGGUUGCAAGAGAAACGCGCAUCUGCCGCUGCCGAGCCAUCACCGCACACCAAUGGCACGAACGGUCUCUAGCAGAGACUAAGCCCGCUUAAGACAGCGCCCAACAUUGCGAUUGGCUGCCUGCGCUACUUGCGACCUUCGGAAAAGCAAAUGCACAUCGUAGGAAAUGGAGGCUUCGUCGGCGAUCAAUGGCUUUCGCAUACCCGACCCGCCAACAAUGUCCAACUUCAUCUUGAGACAAAUGACAACGAUAUUUCCGAUGAGCCGAGGACUGCCUUCGUCCCGGCCGAAGCAAUCCCUGGCGCGGGGGCAGACGGCGCGGGCAGAGCAAAGGGUUUUGACGAAGUCGCUAACAGUAGUUAGUCGUCUUGUAAACAAAGCAUGCGAGUUGGACUGUAGGGAUGAAGAGCCCACACCGGGCCUUCUGACCAUAUGUACCACCUCGGAGUAUAUCACAGAGCCUUCCAUGAUCCUCAUCUCCUCGACCUUGCCUUGAUCCUCGUGUCUACACGACUACAACUGAUCCCUCCUCGAAUCUACACUAUGAAUCUCCAAAGCUAACAAGACCCCCUUUCUCCAAACAUAUGGUGUCCUACUCACGUUCGCGCUUCCUAAUUCCGGAUCAUACAGUUUCUUAACAUCGCGUUGCAGGUCUGUAGACGUGAAGCCAUUGGCAGGGAAAGGCGAACCCUCCAUCACUCUUUCUGCUGGCAAGUGGUGUGGCGCGUCAGGCAAGACCCCAGCACGGAGGUUCUGAUCUUGCAGAUGAAAAGCCACACUCGGAUCUGUCAAGGCGUUGAAGUGGGAGGGAUGGACUCUGCACGCACAGCAGAUCCGAAUCAAAGGCGCACUGUCCUUUUGUAGGGCCCGUUCGAGACGUGCAUGGCGUAGCUCAAAGUAGCGAUCCCUCGCUCUGACAGUCUCGUCUCUCGUCAAAAAUUCCGGCUCAGGUAAAUCGUUGUCAUGAUCGAAUCCACUGAGACCCUGCUCUUCUGCUGCUCGCGAUUUCUCUUCUUGUGGUGUACACCAAUACGGACGAUAGACACCUCGUACACCAUCAAUGAGUUCAUCGAGACGACUAUCGUCUAUCCAGCUUUUGAGAUUGUGUUCGGCGGAGUUUCCUGCGUUCCAGCGAGAACUUCUAUAGCGCAGUCCCAGAUCUCGGAGGUUGGGGAAAUCGUACCGCAGAGAUCGAUGGGGGUCGGUCGAUGUCAAAUAGGUCAUCCACAUGCGUAUAUCGCCGGCUUUGACAUGCAACGAGAGACCGGUGAUGCGGCGGCCAAAGGCGGUAUCGCAGAGGGCACGCACAAAGACAUUACUGUCGCUGGGAUGGUGAAAGGUGAGGUUGUUGAGGGCGUAGAGGAGCGGUGCAGACUCGGAGUGCACGAUGCGACAGGUCCGCAGGAGUUGCGGUUGGAUGUGAUACGGAUUGUGUCGCCGAAGUGUGUCGGGGCGCGGCCACUCGACGGGCAGAGCGUCGCGAGCGUGUAGGCACAAGGAGUAGAUUUUCUCGCGAAUUUCACGAGGUAAUGCGAAUAGGAGCGAGUUGGCGACGCUGGACGGCAGUGGCUGUGCAUCGUCGUCGUCGUUGUCUCCGUGAUGAUUGUCGACCAUGUCGAGUUCGACGUCAGGAAGGUCGUCCAUGUCGACCGAGUGCGAGUCGAAGUCGGAUUCGUGUUUGAUGAAGUAGCUGUUGUCUCGCAUCGUCUUCAUUUGGUCUACCGCGCGGUCGAUCGCGUCUCCUCCUUGCCUCGACGGCCGUGCCGCGCGCGUCAGUGCUGUUACGCUGUAGCAAUCGUUAGAGCAUUAGGUACUGCUGACAUAUGCAAGCGAGCUUGUUUGACCACACACUCGCGCCUUGCCAAUUGCCGCUGGUGUCCAUCUCGUGGCUACCCAGUCAUGUCGACAGAUGCU